ACCAAUCACGCAUCUUUACCACCGGUUACGUUUAAGCUGCUGUCUGUGCUAUAGCGCGGGAAAACGACGGUAGUUGUUUUGAAUGGUAUUCUAAAGUUUAUUCUAAAGAGACUUUAAUUAUCUCUCCAAAACAAGCCAUGGACCCUUCGGAGGUCGAGUUCCUCGCCGAGAAGGAGAUGGUGAAGAUAAUACCCAAUUUCAAUCUAGACAAGUUAUAUUUAAUCGGGGGAGAUUUGGGUCCUUUUAACCCGGGCUUGCCGAUGGAUGUGCCCGUGUGGUUGGCCCUCAACCUGAAACAGAGACAGAAAUGUAGAGUGGUUCCACCUGACUGGAUGGAUGUUGAGAAACUUGAGGAGAUGCGGGAGCUUGAGAGGAAAGAGGACACUUUCAUGCCUGUCCCCAGUCCAUACUACAUGGAGCUGACCAAGCUGCUGUUGAACCAUGCUUCUGACAACAUCCCCAAAGCGGAUGAGAUCCGCACACUGGUCAAAGACAUCUGGGACACGCGCCUCGCUAAACUCCGCCUGUCUGCUGACAGCUUCAUCAGCCAGCAGGAAGCUCAUGCUGAGCUGAACAACUUGACUCUGAUGGAGAUCAACACCAUCAGAGGGUUCCUCCUGGAUUCGCUCAACUGCAUGUACAAGCUACGCUCCAAUCUGCAGCCUGGGUCCAAUAAGGGACAGUUUUCGGAUUAUUGAUGGACGCAUUGGACUGCUUAGCAUGAGCAUCACUUAAAGGACUAUACAUGCUCAUAUUUUAAAAUAAUGCUUUGUUAAUGUCAUAAUAAUUAAAAAAAUAUUACAUGGCAAAAAGAGUCCAAAUUAUAGGAAACAUUUUUGAAAUAUUUUAUUUUCUUUUUUGUCUGAAAUCACAGCCAUAUAUUCAUAAAUACCUAAAAUACCUAAUUACUACAUUCAACAAAUAUAUUACAUUACAAUGGGUUCAAACAAACAUGUUUGAAAACAGGAUUCACAGCAUCUAGACAUCCCCCACUGGAGCUAUUUUUGCAUGGCCGUCCAUAUGUGGUUGGUGACAGAGGGGGGCGGG